AUGUUUUUUGAGUGUUUUGCGUCUCAAGUGCAUCUGUAGGGCGAGGAGUUUUCAAUCGCUUUGAAUCGCUAAGUCUUUAUAAUAUAAUACUUAAACUUCUCAAAAAAGAACUAGAGGCUGUUUUGGUCAUUUUAAAAAGUUAUAAAAAAAAUUGAAAAAUGGACAUGCUCGGUAAAGAUAUAAAACGAACUAGGCGAACUGGUUAUUACACUGGUACGAAGUUUAACCGAAUAAAGAAUGUAUUUAUAUUUGGCAUUCUGUCAAUUACGGCCGCAGCGUUUUAUUUCUCCUCAAAAAGUGACAGACUGCAAAAUUCCUAUAUUUCAAAAAAAUUACAAGAAUUCGAUAAUAGAAUACAAGAUAGAAAAAAAAUUAUUGAUGCCCGGUUAAAAGCUAGAGAAAAUAUUGAAAAAUUAUCAAAAGAUAGGAAAUGGUGAAUCUAAGUUAAUUUUAAUUUCUUUGAUCAAAUUAUCUCUGUUGAAGAGAAAAAAUUAAAAAUUGUUUUUUUUUUGUAUAAGACAUUUUCUUUUGGAUUUAUAUGCUGAGAAACUUGAUAAUAUAUCUAAUAGAAGAAUACAUUACAAUUUCUUAGGAAUAAAAACCUCUCAACGCAUAAAAAAUGUAACCUAACGAGAAAAAUGAUCUUAAAUAAUCAAGUGAACUCCCCUUAAUGGUGUUUAGUCACAUUUAGAAAGUGAAAAGUGAACCUUUUUUUACUCUACGACGUAUUUCAAGCAAAUUGAUGUUUCCAAGCAACUCUUUCUUUGGUAGUUUGAUAUUUCAACUGGUAAAAAACACCUUGAUUUUGAUAGGUCUUUUGAAAUUAUUAUUAUGAAAAUUGCAC